AUGGUAAAGAAGAAGACCCCUAAAGUUGAAGCUUUGGUUUUGGAGGAAGAAAAACUGAACGAGCUGUUAGCGUCUCUCUCUGUGGACGGAGGGCACGAUGGCGUUGGGCAGGUCGCCAAGACUUUGCAUACUUGUUUGGAGCUCAAUGAUCCAGUGCAGCAGAUCCAGCUGGUCAAAAAGGCCGGUUCGCUGCUGGAGAAGCUUGGUGAAGCGCCAACAGAUGGAGAAAUUUUAGGAUGUUGUCUACAGACAUUGUCCUUGGGUUACACUUUUCUACAGGCCAAGAACCCAUUGCGACGUGCCAUAUCCAGUGCCCUGAGUUCAGUACCACCCUGGCUUCAGGAACGAGCCAUGGCUUCUCUCUCCAUGUGCCUGUCAGACUGUUUGUCAGAUUCGAAUCCUGACCAUUAUCCACAUGUUAUUAACACAAUUGCUGGCUGUUUGGAUGGCUUCCCUCUAGGGGAGAGAUGCAUCAAUAACCUCCUUCUAGAAGUUUUGGCGUUUCUUCUCAAUGGAUUACAUGAAUAUGUUCAUCAAAACAGUGUUGUAGCAGGCAGCCACAUUGCUCAAGCCCAAUUGAUGCAUUCCUGCCUUGCUGCAGUGAAAACAUCAAUCCAAGUCAUCCAGAAAUGCCAAGGUUCUAUUAUUUCGACCUUGACGAGCCACCAGACGCUAAAGGACACACUUAGCAGCCUGCUGGAUUGCUACAUACGUAUCAUCACUGAUGAGGAGUUUUUGCAAGCAAUACAGAGUACAUCUGGCAUGGCAAUAGUCCUAUUAAUUCGAUCUGUAAUGGGGUCCGGAGAUGAAGUCGCGUCAGUGGUGUGCAGUUUGCUCCGUUGCUCGAUGAAUGGCUUGGACCUGGCACCAAUUUGGAUUAAGGAGAGGUGUGAGAAGUUGUGUAAAAGUACUCGUCCACCGGGUGUUUCGAUGUAUCUGUGUCAUGGUGCGCUGGCUAUGCUGAGUUGGAAGGGCUCUUCCACUGGCCCACACUGGGAGACACUGCUUCUGUUGGUCCCAAACAUACUGCUGGAUCUAGAUGUCAGCAUUAAAGAAUCUAGUACUGUUAUGGUAGUAGUUCGUGUCCUGAUGCUAUGGAGCAGUGCUGCCUUGGACUACCUGCAGGAAAGAAAGCAGCUCUGUACCCUCAGCCUCCAGCAGUCCCUCAGUGGAGGGUCUGAUUUACACCGACGCCUCCUGGAGCAUAUAUACUCCCACUGGGAACAUCCUCUUGAUGGAGUCCGCCACCAUACAUGCUCCCUGUUUCGCAACCUCCUCCUCCUUCAUCGAUUUACAAAUUCUACUUCUGAGGCAAAUCCAGACAGUUGUAUCAUAGAAUUGACAGAAAGAUUACUUCAGCUCGAGUGGCACAUGCGGGGAAAAUAUGGAGCUUUAGGCUGCCUGGUGGAGCUCUAUGGUGCUAAGUACCUGCUUGAAAUCCAGCCACAGCUUCCCUCAUGUCUCCUAAAUCUGAUGAGUGACCAGACAUUGGCUCCAUAUGCCAGUGACCUUCUGGAGAGACUUUUUAUCAGCCACAAGGAACAGCUUACUGCUGAUGCCUCAGCAGAAAACCUCACCACUACAGAAGCCUGGAUGGAAUGUUGGCAUCAGAUGUGGGUUACGCCCCUGCUAUUGGUGCUGUGUGGUGCAGGAGUGGAUGAGACUACUUACAUUCUGGAUUAUUUUCUGCCCAAAUUGCUGCGCUGCAGCCCAUCCAGCCUAACAUACAUGGUGCAGGCUUUACAAGACAGAUUGCCGUACUGCAAAGGUUCAACUGGCAGUAGGGGUGCACUUGGGGCCCUAAUGACGUGCUUGCGGGCAGCCAGGUCUCAAGGAGUGAUGCAGUCCCAGGCUGACGCUCUGUGGGGUGAACUGGCACCCGUCAGCCCAGUUCGGCAAGCGCUAAUACAUAAACAUGAUCAAGUGAGAAUGGAUGCUUUAGGUCUGGUGUGCGAAAGCCACCGCAGCACUGAGGUUUUGACCUCGCAAGAAAUGGACCUCCUUCACCACUUCUUACUUCCGAACCUCAACAGCCAGUCACCAAGUGUCAGGCAGCAGGCAGUCAGUCUUUUCAAGAAGGUCCUUUGCAGAGUAAAGGAUAGCACACAGCUGAAGUUAAAGAGACAGAGCCAAGUAAAGGAGCCCGAACAAAGAGCCAGAGACCAGCAUACUCUAUGUCUUUAUAAGGAAUUCCUGCACGAGUUAUCUACAAAGUUGUUUGAUGUUUUGCUUCCCGGUGCUUCUUUUUCUAAAUGCCUCAUGUCGCUUCACUUGCUUGGUCUGCUUGCUGAACUCUUCACUUUUGGCACUGAGCCUGAUGGGUUUGCCCUCGGUGAAGUUGUGACCUCUACUCAUGCUCAGAAUGUCCUUUACUGUGUAGCAAGCAACUUCCUGGAAGUCAAACUACUGGCUACAACGUUGCUACGGAAACUUCCUAUAUCAGCAGUGGGACUAGAGGAACCACAUGUGAUGCGAGGUAUACUUCAGGCUGCGCUGGAUUUAAGCACCAGUACCAAUCCCUUUGACAGUGUAACAGCUGCCCAUCUGCUCAACCUGCUGCUCGACCAGCCCAAUUUAAGCCAUGCACUACUACUCUCUGCCCAGGAGCAGAAACUUAACUUUCAGCUUCCCUCCACAUUGCCACCUGCACCUGAUGUUCAAGAGCUAAACACUUUAUCUGUGAUUCAGUUCUUGCUGUGCUGUCUACAGUUAGAGGUCUCCAAGGCAGAGCAUUGCCUCUUGCAGGCCGCUGCUUCCUAUCCGCUCUACGGCCGAGCCCACUGCAUCACUGCAGUCCUUCAGAAUCUUAACACAGAGUGUUUACGUCACACAGAGGAGUGGAGGCGACUAGUGUCAGAGCUUAUCGCCAUCUGUUACAGAUUGUCAGAUGUGGUCUCUCCUGUUGUCCAGAGCUCUUCUCCUGAGGGGCUCAUACCCAUGGAUGCGAGCACAGUCACUGACACAUCAGCAGGACUACAGAGGGUCCUGCAGGAGAUUCAGCCAAGGGACACCAAUGAUUUCUUCACCAGUGCCAGAGAGCUGGAUGCACAUGAUGAAGAGGAUCAGGAAGAAACUCAGAAAAAAACCAAAGUAUCACUAGCCACCGGUGGUGAGGGCUACAGGGUGACAGCCCAGAUGGUGCUGGUGUGUUGCUGGCGGAGCAUGAAGGAAGUAGCCAUGCUGCUGGGGCAGCUGUGUCAGAGCCUGCCACUGCACUACAGCAGUGACGGCGCGCACACACAUCCUGGGCUCAUAACAGAGGCACAGGUGACUUGUAUUGGCUUGUAUUUCCGUCAGCAGCUCCUGCAAUCCCGUCAUCGUGGUGCCUUUGAACUGGCUUAUGUGGGCUUUGUUCGCCUCACUGACAUGCUAUGCAGGAGUGGCAGUAAAGUCCUACAACAGCUUCCUGCUUGCUGGCUUUCCGAAGUUUUGGAAGAGGUCAAAGCAAGUGACCCAUCAUCUAAACUGUGUGCCACAAGACGCAGCGCUGGAAUACCCUUCUAUAUACAGGCUCUUCUCUCAUCUGAGCCAAAAUCUUCAAGUUGUAGUCUGUUGAAAAUGACCAUGAGAGAGCUGAUUACCCUUGCCAUGCCUACUCCUGACAGAAAUACAGAUGGUUCCACUGUUCCCCAGGUACAUGCGCUGAACAUCUUGAGAGCUCUUUACAGGGACACUCGUCUGGGAGAAAACAUCAUUUGUUUUGUGUCGGAUGGAAUGCAGGCUGCUGUACUUGGCUUCACCUCUCCUGUCUGGGCAGUAAGGAAUUCCUCAACUCUUCUCUUCAGCACACUGAUUACAAGAAUCUUUGGAGUGAAGAAAGGGAGGGAUGAACAUUCGAAAAAAAACAGAAUGACUGGUCGUGAAUUUUUCACUCGUUUCCCAGCUCUGUAUCCAUUUCUUUUAAACCAACUCAAGGAGGCAGCUGUCUCAGUGGAAAGUGACAGUGGUCAAGUGAAGCUUCAUCCCAGCCUCUUCUUGCUGCUGCUGGUUCUCAGCCGACUCUACCCAUCUCCAAUGGAUGGCUCCCCUUCACCUCUGGGACUUGCGCCAUUCAUGCCGUUUAUCAUCAGAUGUGGCCGUUCAGCAGUGUAUCGGACCAGAGAGAUGGCAGCACAAGCCUUAGUUCCUUUUGUACUCGUCACCCGUGUUCCAUCAACUGUACACUCUUUGCUUCAAGCACUUCCGCAGGACCCAGGACCCCAAAUCCAACACAAUUACAUUCAUGGGACCCUACUACAGGUGCUGUUUCUGCUUCAGUCUUACCAGAGCGAGUCUAACAGACCCCUGCCAGCAGGAAAUGGAAUCGCCGAAGCUGUCCUUCAGCGCAUGUGGCUCGCCUCUCGACAAAAUGGCUGUGUGGUCACCAGAGGAGCUUUUCUGGAUGUUUUGGUCUGUCUAUGUGGGCCAAAGAUUAGUCUUCUGUGUGAUUCGGAGGUCGGCAAACUCCGUCAAGAGACGUUGUCCAUUCUGUUGACCUCAACUUUAGUCAACAACAACGGCCCCACAGCCAACCUGGAACCUGGCAACAUCCAGUACAUGCUCAGUUUAACCCGGGUAGCAAUCAGUGCCAGUGUGGAGAUUCCUGAGCUGUGGGGGAGGCAACACAUCACAACUCAGCUCCUGGAGUGUCUGUUCAAUUGCCCACAAUAUGAGGUGAGAGAGCUGGUUCUGGAGAGGGUCCUGAUGAGACUGAAAGAGGCGAAAGAUCAGAAGAAAACACCAGCGUGGCUAAAUGAGACCAUUCUAUCGAACCUGACAAGCCUAGCUCUUCAUGAGAGACACACCCAGUGUCUGGCCAAGGUGCUCCAAGUAUUGAGCGUGUUGAGCUGUGAUCUCCACUGGAUGAAUGGUGUGCAGCAUUUGUCUCAGGAAAGUUUUCUACUGUACCUGCUUGCUCUGGCUCAGAGAUCUGCUCUCAGUGUGGAGCUGUAUUGUGCUGCCAUGACAUUGCUAUCCCAACUGGUAACCCAGGUUGUGAACUCUGAUUCAAAGGGUGCAAGUAUAACAGCUUGCUUACCUCAGUGGAGUGCAUUAGUGUGCUCAUCCUGCAGUGAGGAACAGCCUGUCAAUGUAAAGCUCGCUGUUGCCAAGGUGUUGGUCAAUGCAACAAGCACACUAUUGACUGAGCUACAACUUGGUCUGGUCAGCACAUUGUCUCUGUGGAGGAGUCUGUUUUUGCUGUUGCAGGAUGAAGACCAGGAAGUUCGCAGUUGUGCUUCGGACUUCAUUGCUAAUGUACCAACUCAUCUGAUUAGUGCAGAUGUGGCAGGUGUGACAGUGUGUCCUCCUGUAGCCCUGGAUGUCGGUGUGAGGCUCUUGUGUCACCUUUUCGAACGGUGGAAGCAGGUACCAGCGGGUGUUAUUGCCGUGACAGAGUGGCUGCUGGGAGAUGAAGAAGGGAUUGAGGAAACAGGCGCAGAUGAUGCAUCCAUUCUGGACGAAGAGGACGCAUUGUUUGAAAAAAGCGACCUUAACCUGUGGGCUGAGCCAGUCCAGUGGGUGAAGAUGCUUCACAGACACCUCAUUUCUCUUAUUAUUAUCUACAAACAGACCAAAGAAUCAGAAUGUAUUGAACUGGAGCAAGCUCGCCAAAUCAAUACAAUGGCUUCUCAUGCCCGAGCCAAACUGUUGAGAUCCAAACAAGCCUUGGACACCCUUCCAGUUCUGCCCCAAUUCUCUUGCCCGACGGCGUAUGCCCGACUAGUACUGCAGGAGCAGAGGGCCACGUUGGCUCUGGAUGUGCUGGACAAUAUGAGAGGAGCACUUGAGUAA